GCUCAUAAAUAUAUCAAAUUUUUCUCUCAAACCAAAUUGUUUCUUCUUUUCUUCUCAUACUCUUCGCUCUACCAAGUUUGUUCUAUCAUAGAUUAUAUAGAUUAUAUAGAUAUAGAUAGGUCCAACUUUCAUCGAAAAUUUUUCGUUGUAUGCGAUUAAAGCGCAAGAUUACAUUGAUGUAAAUUGUGAACUAUAUAUUGUUGGAAAUUUCUUGUUUGGUUCAAGAUUUGGGUUUGUUGCAUUCAAGGGUGCCUAUGCUUCUGUACUCGACCUGAUCCAUUGCCUCAUGGAUCCUUUUGAUGAUCUUCUACCCGAGGCUCCUGUUGCACGCAUUCGGCCGGGUGCCAAGUUUGUUCCUAAGGCCAAAGCGAAACAGCGGCCACGAAAGGAAGUACCUUCGUCGGAACAUGCAACCUCAUCUAAAGAUGAACUUACUGGGAAUGAAUGUGAAAAUGCAAUUGCUUCAACGCUAAGUGCGCCAGCGGAAGACUUUCCAAAUUCUGAAAGUGGAAAUCUUGAACAAAUUAGUGUGGAGGGAGAUAGUGCGGCCUUGGUGGGUGGUUCCACAAUCACAGCAUCUGAAAUUGGUGCUGGUCAGAAUUCUACAAACUUGUUAGAAUCAGCAUGUGAGGCUGAUCCAACAGAUUUUGACGGGGACUCAGUCACUAACUUCGUUUCUGAGACCAACGUCAGUAAUGGCACAACACAACCAGUUCACCCUGCUAAUGUUGUAGAAAACAAAUUGAAUAAUUUGGCUUCUCCAUUUUCAACUUGCUCAACCAUAGAUAGGAUGAAAGAACCCCCUAAAAAUUGGGAAGGUUCAUUUCUUGAUAUCAACAAAUAUGUGGAACUUAUUGACAACUCAUUGCAAUCAGGCACGGAUUUGGGCUUCAAAAGUGUUUCAGAUAAUAAAGUUUCAAUAAUUCAGACCGUUGAUUCAAAGUCAAACUUUGAGAAAGAACCAGAGUUAGUAUCUGCAGAGAUUGGAUUGGAUCCUUUCAGCGACAUCCUAGCUGAUCUUCCCACAAGGAAUGUUCAUAAAUUUAAACCCAAGAUUAAGCCACGACCUAGAGUGGGCAAUAUGCCGGCUUCUGCUUCAUCUGAUGUUGUGAUGGAAAAAUCUGUUGAGUUGCCUACUUCUUGCACAGAAAACUUUCAAUCUUUUCAGUCUAGUGGUGUACCAAACCAAUCAACCAGUUUACCUUUGCCAACGUCAGAGAUUCUUAGGACAAAUUAUUUGCCCGAUAAGUUUGGUGACAGCAAUAGCUUGGCAGCAGCAAUUCCUUCCCAAUUGGAUUCCCUAAAUGCUAUGCUUUUAGGGGACGCAGUUCAUAAUGGUACUAGGGAUUGGCCUUCUACCUUUGGUAAAUCAUCUGGAGAGGCUGCAGACAUUUUUUCUGGGUUGGAAUCCCUUGAUGACUUUCUCACCCAAGCUACUACAGAUACGGGAAAACCGGCUCUUCAUUCUUUCAAUGAGAAGGGUGCAGAGGAAAAUUUCGUCACACCUGCUUGUAGUUCUAUUAACUCCUUUGGGGAAUGUGAUACUACCCAAGUUCAAAGAUGUCCUGAAUAUCAUACACCAGAAGAUCCAGUAACCUUCCAUGAAGCUACUGUUCUCAAUGAGAGUGAUACUCACACUAACAAUAGAAUGUCGGAAACGGAGGAAAUUGUGGACUUGAAUCCCACCUAUCCAAGAGAUGAUGUUUUUGAUUAUCAAUCCAUGAAAUCUGGUGAAGAUCCAACUUCUGGAAUUCUGGUGCACGAAGACUUGACAAUUGCUGCUGACAGUUCCACAUUGGCUGAUUUUUUGCACGCAAAUGAUUCAAGGGAAAAAGAAAAUAAAAAGGAUGGCUCAGACUCAUGUUCUCUGAGGAAGAACAAAAGAUCUUCUAUUUCUGGUGAGGAGGAUAAUGGUGGUAAAACCUCAAGACAACGGAGAAAACUAGCAGCUUGCAAACCUAAAAACAGCUCAUUGAAUGAGGAGGUUGAAGAUGAUAAUGACCUUGACCCUCCUUAUCAUUCUAACGAACAUGAACUACAAGAAAAUGAUGAUGACUAUGAAGUCGAUCAUUCAUCAAAGAAGAAGAGAGGAUCAAAGAGAUCACAGAAGAAAUCUGUGGCCAAAAGUGGAAAAAUGUCUCAAAGGCGUAAGAAGGCUGAUGAUGAUGUACAAAAAAAAACUAAGGAACCUCCUAAAAAGUUCUCUCAUUCAACCCGACGAAAGAAAAGAUGUGUGGACAAGGCUCUGCUGGAAAUUCCUGAGGACGAACUUGAUCCUCGAACAUUGCCUAUGAAGGAUAUUAUUUUACUUGCAGAAUAUAGGGAGCGGCAAGCGAAAAAAGACGCGAUGACUUCGAAUACGUCUCCCUCCAAUCAAAGUGGUGGAGAUUCUCUUCAUGGGGCUGGUGCGUAUAAUGAACAGGAGUUCUCAGGUUCAGAAGAUGAUAGAGACCCAUAUGAUGAUCAAGACAAUGAAAGGAUUACAUCAACUCCCGCUCUAUGCAAUUACCAGACUUUCAUGGAAAAGACACCUAAGGGGAAAUGGUCAAAACAAGAUACCGAACUGUUUUAUGAGGCUAUUAGGGAGUUGGGUACAGAUUUUUCUAUGAUACAACAGCUUUUCCCUGAUAAAACCCGCCGUCAAAUUAAGUUGAAAUACAAGAAGGAAGAGCGGGAGCAUUAUUUACGGUUAAGAGAUGCUAUACAUAACCGUGCAAAAGAUCAUUUUCAUUAUAACUUGUUGAUUGAACGAUUGCAACAAGCUUCCACCAAGGCAGAGGAGGAGGUUGUGGACCUGGCAACGGGAACUAAUGAAGAGGCUGUGGAUGCUGCCACAGUUAAGCAUGAUGCGGAGGUUAAAGAACAGGAAGAUUCUGCGCCAGUUCAGAGUCCAGAGGAAUAUGAUGACAGUGAGGAUGACUCUCUAAAAUGGUCUCAGUAUAAAAGUCUCUAUUAGGGACAGAAUGAAAGUAAAUCAAUUUUAUCUCAUUUUAUUUUCAGAAUAGUUAGUGCGAAAUUCUUUUACUUGCUCAAAAUUUGUGAAAUCAUUCAUUUAAACCAUCCUCCGGUUCCAUUGUCCAGGGCCUCUUUUUCUCUUUUCAAUUUUGCAUGUAAUAUUGUACAUUUUUUUCUCCGAAAAAUGUAUGGUAAAUUAAUUCCUUCUA